UGGAAAAACAGCUGUCUCGACCAAUGCGUGCAAUCCAAAAAUUUAUAGUAAAAAUAAGACAUGAAAUCUCGAACACUUUUACAACUACAGGUAGAGCAACAUACCACUCUUUGCGAUUUCUCGGCCGCCAUUAUUAAUAGAAAUCCUAACUGCAACUGUCAGAUAAACGAAAACAAAUCAAACUUUAGUAAAUUAAAAACGAAACCAAAUAGUUGCUUUUUCCAUUUUUCUUUAUAGUAUUAUUUUUGUAUUGUUCUUUUUAAAAUAAAUUAUUUACUGCAAUCACUAUAAGCAUGUCGAUUGUUUAUGUGCAUUUAAAACGCGAUUUUUUCUCAAUAAUUUAUUUUUAAAUAAAUUUUAUUAAUGUAUCAGAAAUAUGUAUCGGCUUUUCAACGGUGGUGAAUUUAUCAAAAAAUAAACCAAUGCAAUAUGUACUUCAUGUUUGCUAGCUAUUUUUUGACAUUCAGAAGUUUCGCAACCUUUGAAAUGUAAAAAUAUGGAUGAUUAUUUCAUAUUGGAACUGUACCGUGCGGCUUUUGUUUUCUGUCUAUAUUUUCUUACUCUAACUUCUUAUUUAACACCUAUAUUUAUAACUAAAUAUUGGGGCUCUCAGAUUCAACAAAUAACUUCCCCAAAUAGAGCAAUACGUAGAAAACAAUUAUGCUAUCGUAUGAUCAGUUGGUUUAAUUGUACCGCUCUUGGAAUAUUUUUAGGAAUGUGUUUUUUGAGUAUUUUACCGAAUGUGCGAGAAGUGUUUCAAGUAUUAUUUCAUAAAUUUGAAAGCAGCACCAAAUUUCCAGUUUCAGAAUGUACUGUUAUAGUUGGGUUUAUUCUUGUUCUUUUAAUCGAACAGACUAUUUUAACUUUGAGGGAAAGAAGAGAAAUGAAUGAGCAAGAUGAUUUUGAACAAAAUCAAGGACUUUUAGAAGAAUGUGAAUUGCAAGAAAUUUUAGAUGGUCUUAGAGAAGAACAAGAAUUAGUAAAUGGCAUGCAGUGCAAACCAUUACACCACUCAAAGUGUUCAGACGAAAUCGAUCAAAGCAGUGAUAAUUUAUCAAUCACUAACCGCAUUGAUCAUAGCCGAGGACAUAGCCAAAUAUCCCUUUUAGUUCGAGGUGGCAAAGGAAUAACUUUUUUUGCAGUCGCUUUAGCUGCAGGUUUUCAUUCAGUAUUUGAAGGAAUAACAUUAGGACUACAAGUCAAUAAAACUAAAGCUGUUCAUUUAUUUGUAGCUAUGACUAUUCACGAGUGUUUGACUGCAGCUGCUUUAGGUAUGAAUUCAACAAGGCUGAGAUACUCUUUUUGCACUUAUUUUAAGUUUGCAAUUGUUUUGGGUGUAGCAAUACCUCUUGGUGUUGGUAUCGGUAUUGGAGUUGGUCAUGCACCUGGAACUGCUGGAGAAAUAGCAUCAGCUUUGCUUCAAGGUACAUCGGCUGGUAUAUUUUUGUAUGUUACUUUUCAAGACUUUCUUCCAUCUGAGUUUUCAAAUAGAAAAGAUAGGAUUUUAAAAGUGUUGUUCUUGAUGUUGGGCUUUCUCAUAUUUUCUGGGGUUACUUUUUUUAUUUCCUAAAAAUUUUUGGUUUUAGUAAUAUUUAUUGCAUUAAGUUUAUUAAAUCUAGUCAUUUAUUACUUUUCAUUCUAAGUUGCA